AUGAAUAAUGCAUUUCAUCGUACACCAUCUUUAUCAGUCGCAAGAUCACACCUUAAUAUUUUAAUGAAAAAUAUUGAAUCUGCUAAUGUAGACGUUGAAGAAAUAGUCGAAGAUAAUGAAUAUAUGCUCGAAAGUCGGGAAACCUUUGUGCAGGUUUUACAGGCCUAUAUUCAUUAUGCUUUUCGAAUAAUAAAAGUAUUAAUAACUCUAUCUUAUAAAAAAACUCAAGAAAUUCUUGGCCAGGAAUCACGUUCAUUGUUUGAGAUCGAAUAUGUUGCUCAUAAACUAUCUUCUCCGAGCUUAAAACUUCCAAGUGAGCACAAAUAG